AUGCCGGCAGGUCCCAAUGGUAGCCCGGAAGAUAAUGACGGCGGAGGGACUGGUGUGGAGGAGGCGGGAGGGUUGCCCACAAAGAUGACACGAAAACAGAGACAGGAAGAGCGACCCUUUGUCUUUGCAAACUACCCGUCGCGGAAGGUAGCCAUUCGUCUGGCGUAUCACGGCCACCUGUACGAUGGAUUAGCAAAACAGGAAGAAACAUCCAACACAGUAGAAGCGUAUGUGGUGGCGGCGCUUAGGCGCGUGCGACUCAUUCCUCAGGAUGGACCGAGUGACCUUGCGCGGUGUGGGCGAACAGAUAAGGGCGUUAGUGCGCUGGGUAACGCCUUCUCACUUACGGUUCGAGCGUCCUCAUGGCCCACCGACUCUUCUCAGAAGCCACCACUUGAUUAUUGCGCCAUGGUAAACAGUGCGCUACCUGUCACUAUUCGAGUUGUUGGCUGGGCUUAUGUGGAUGAUAGCUUUGAUGCCCGUUUCUCAUGUGUGGGCCGAACAUACCGCUAUUACUUUUGUCAUCGGGGCCUUAAUCUGGAGGCGAUGGCGAACGCCGCAGCACGACUUAAAGGAAGGCAUAACUUUCGCAAUUUUUGUAAGACAGAUGUUGUGAACGUGAGCAACUAUGAACGUGAUGUGCGUAGUGUGGGUAUUGUUACUAGCGAAACGUUGCCGGAGUUGGUGUCAUAUUUUGAGAUUCAUGCAAACUCAUUUCUUUACCAUCAGAUUCGCUGCACCAUGGAGGUUCUCUUUCUUGUUGGACGCGGAUUAGAGGAGCCGGAGGUGGUCACUCAGCUCCUUGAACGUGGAGACCGUAAACCCCUCUAUCCACUGGCGGAUGGUAGGCCGCUUGUGUUGUGGGACUGUCACUUUGAAGGUUUGCGGUGGAGUAUUUCACAGCGCGCAUUUAUGGUCAUUGAGCAGGAGUUACAGGACAUUGCAACGGCGUUGUUGCUUCGGGCAUCUGUGGCGGACUCCAUGCGCUCGCAGUUGUUUACCUGGUACAGCGGGGAUACAGACGUGGAAGGCAAGACUAUUGAGGCAUCACCGUUGGGGGUGCACGUUUCGGACAGAUGGUCUGUGAGUGGGUGCGAUUGGACCGACGAGCGCACGCACGUCAGCCUGCGUGUACGGCGAUAUGACUUGUUUGCACUCUCAAACCAAAAAACACAGGGUGCCUCAGGACCCUUGUCAAGUCGAUCCUAUACAAAACUACUGGACCGUGAGACUGAGCGGAGCUUCGAUGAGGAGGUGGAGGCCCUCAGUGAGAAGAAACGCGCUCGAUUCGAGAGUAACAUGGAGAAGAAGCAGAAGAGUUUGUAA